AUGCGAGCAUCAUCGAAUAAUUAUCAUCAAUACCCAUUACCUUUUGCUACUGAUGUUGUUGAAAUUCAUUCAAAUAAAUUAUCAGAAGAUGAUACAGGUUAUGAUAGUUUACCAAAACAAUCAAGAAUGAGUAGUACUGCUCGUCUUUCACUUAAAAGUAUGUUGAAUAUGAUUAACAAUAUUCCAUCAUCAACAGAUAUAUCAACAGCAAAUGAUGUAAUUGACAAACCUUUAUUAGUAAAAAAACGUAUUGCACAAUUUUCUCAACAAACUCAACCAAUUACGACAACAUUACCACAACGUACACGUGUUAAACCAAUACCAGAUUCUACAAGUGAUAGUGCAGAUUCAAUUCCUUUAUCAAAUCAUGUUGAAUUUGUUUCAUCAUAUCAACAACAAAUACCGAUAAUUGAUAUUCCACCAUUUGGAGGCAAUUUAGAAUAUAUACAUGAUAAUCGUUUUGAUUCAACUACAACAGUUGAUAAUGUAAAAAAUGAUGUUAUUGCUAUUGAAUUAACGGAACAACAACAACGAAUAAAUCAAUCAGUAGAUCCUCUUUCUUCUAGUAAACAACAUUUGUCAUUGAUAGAACGUUUAGGAGAAUCAAUACGUUUAUUACCAGCUAAUGUUCUCGCUAUUGUUUUUAUUGGUUUAAUUGGUGGACUUAUUGUUUCAGUUAUACUUGUGAUUAUUAUAGCCUAA